GUUCUCCCGGGUCAGGGCGAUACAACGCCUCCCGGGUUGAUCGUUGAUAGGUUCCUGUUUCUUCAUUCCCAGCCAGCCAUUGGUGGAAAAAUGAGUGCGGAUAGGCGGGAGUUUCGGAAUCCGUUCGAUGACUUUGAUAUUUCAUUAAAAGAUUGCCCAUUGGUAAAAGACGGAACUUCAUGGCGGCUGGCUCCUGCAUUCAAAACUCACUUGGAGUCUUGGAUUCAAGACUUGCUGGGCAGACUGGAGGCAGACAUGGAGCGUGAUGCCGACUGGGAUGACAGCAGUGUUUACACAGGAACAGCUGGACUGAUUUUGUUGUUCAUGCACCUGAACUCAGUCACUAGCGACACUAAGUACCUUCAGAGGGCGGCCGAGCUGGAGCAGCGCCUGCCGUCGCUGCGCCCCAGCCACCGUCGGCCCACGCUGCUGUGUGGGGACGCCGGGGUCGUGGCUGUCACGGCCGCCGUCCAUCAGGCGGAGCGGCGCACUGAGGAGGCGCGCCGCCGACUGGCAACUGUGAUGAAAUUGGCAUUUGCGGUGGAAGAGUCAUCAUCGCUGCCGGAUGAGCUGCUGUAUGGACGAGCUGGCUACCUGGCCACCCUCCUCUAUAUCCGUCGCACGUUCGGAAACGACGUGCCGAAUCUAGAAGAGGCAAUGCAAAAGACGGUGUCCGCCAUCGUGUCCAGCGGUGCCCGGCUGGCGGCGCGCGAACGGUCGCCGUGCCCGCUGAUGUACGCCUGGCACGACAAACACUACCUGGGCGCCGCGCACGGCCUCUGCGGCAUCCUGUCGCUGCUGCUGCAGGUGCCGCAGCUGGUGGCGCCACCUGCGCUGGCCGAGCUGGUCCGGCCGACAGUGGACUACCUGGCUGGGCUACGGCUGCCUUCCGGCAACUAUCCGUCCUCGCUCGAGAGUCGCACUUCCGACCGGCUCGUGCACUGGUGCCACGGCGCGCCUGGCUUCUGCCACAUGUUCUGUCUGGCGUACCAGACGUUUGGCGACGAGCGGUACCUGCAGCUGGCCCGCCAGAGCGCCGAUCUGGUGUGGGCGCGCGGGCUCCUCCGCAAGGGCUACGGCCUCUGUCACGGCACGGCCGGCAACGCCUAUACGUUCCUGCACCUGCACCAGCUGACCCAGGAUCCGCGCGACCUGUACCGGGCGUGCCGUUUCGCCGAGUGGUGCUCCGAGUACGGCCGCCACGGCUGCCGCACCCCGGACCGGCCCGUCUCGCUCUUUGAAGGCAUAGCCGGCACGGUGUAUUUUCUGGCCGACCUGCUGCACCCAGAGAAGGCCCGCUUCCCCGGCCUCCACUGA